ACCUGAACUUCGUUGUAGUCUCGUUUAAAUUUGGUUCGCUAAGCUAUCAUAGUAGUAUCUCAGACUUCGGGAUACUUAUAUAUUUAUGUACAUAAACCAUAUACUCGUAUAUUUUAAUUUUUAGCUUGUUGUUUUUGUUUAAGUUAAUUAAUCGUGGAGAUUCAAAAUAUAAGCAAUAAAUACAAAAUCGUGCAUUUUAUUCAAGGUUCUGAUAUACAAAGUUUGUCGUUGGUGUUCUAGUAAUUUGGCGCAUUUUGAAUUUCGCUUGAAUUCGAUCUUUUAGGAGGGACUCUCUGAUUGCGAUUUGGGUUUAAUUUGAUCUUUUUUAAUACCUGCUCGUAGCGUGGUGAUUUGAGAAAAAACAAAAAAAUAUCCGUGAACAGAACAUGAUCGCGAAAAAUAUUCCAAGGCGACAGGCGAUUCCCAUCUUAUACACGAGAGGGACUCACUAUGACGUCGGAUUCGAUAUGGGUCGAACCUUUGCAGCGAUUAUAAAAAGCUUUUUACAACUCUCUCAACCUUUGAACGAAGUUUAUCUACCACUCUAUGCUACUGACGAAGGAAGAAACGCAUAUAAUGAGACUCUCGAAUGUGUUAAACAAUCAUUUCCACAGUAUAUACGGGAAUUACAAGGUGUCUCAGAUGGAGCUCAAGUUGAAUUUCAUAAGCUCUUCCUGCUUCAUAUGGACGACAUAACUCCUCAAUCAAUAAAACAUCUAAAUGAUAUACCAGACAUCAAGGAUAUUAAAGAACCAACUGGUUGUUCAACUAUAAUGCUCAAUACCGAAGAUUGCAAAGUUCUUGCUCAUACCGAAGAUGCCCUCACAGAAACACUGAAUCACUAUUACUUCGUCGUUGCACACAUCAUCAAUGACACUCCUCAGGGUAAAUACAAUGUCCAAGAGGAACGUUUUAUGUCUCUCUGCUAUGCUGGACACUUGCCAGGCUAUACAAUGAACUACAACCAUCAUGGUUUGGUCUUUUCAAUUAAUACCCUAUCAGCAGAGUUUUUACGCAGUGGAAAAACACCUCGUCACUUCAUUACCAGAGCUCUAUUGUCAGCCGAUAACUUUGAUAUGGCGCAUACUAUCUUGAAAGAUUGUGGGGUUGGAGCUGGAGAUGGAUGCUCGAUCAAUAUGACUUUCUUGAACGUUGAACCACAACCUUUUUACAAUAUCGAGAUGGCUCCAGCUGUCGGUGAUAAAAACGAAUCUCAAUUGGAUGUUAGAGAAGUCGGUCCUGGAGACCAUAGCUAUCAUGCCAAUAGCUAUCUUCGUAUAAAAACACCUGAGGCAAAUCAAAUAAUGAUUGAUUCCAGCGUUUCACGAAUGAACACCUUCAGUACCUACGAUCCUCCAAAGACCAAGGAAGAUAUUGUUCAUAUGCUGGGGGAUUGUUCUGGUGGCGAACAUUGUGUAUUUCGUGAAAAUGGUGAUUUAUCUCAAAUGGUUAAAACCAUUGCCGUUGGAGUAUUUGAUUUAAAAGCUAAGACCUAUGCCUUGUAUUCGGAUAAUCCGAGGACUAGCUUGCCACAUGUAACUAUUCCAUUGUUUUUGAAGGAAUGAGCAUGAAAGUGUUGAUGAACACUUUGAAAUUGGAUAGAAAUGAUAUGAAAUUUGUCAAUAAGGCUAUAACUUUAAUGUUUUCGUGUUACUUAAUAAUUAUAUGUGUUAUCUUCGUUCAUAGAAAUAAAAAAAAGAUUUUAUUGCAA